CGUUUUCAACUCCUUAAAACCCAGAUCCGUCUUUUGAAAGUCACGUGCCCUUUCUUGCAUCGAGCCAUCAAACCAUCAUACAGGGAACGCUCAGUGUGCCAGCCUCAGCCCUGGGGUCUGGCGAGUCGUGUACGCGGUUGAUCAUGGAGAGGGUCGGCUCAGGCCACCAGCCCCUUAGGUGAGGACAGAGUCUGGGGCUCAGGGGACACUUCCCGAUCAUGGAGGCAGCGAGAACGCCAGCCAGGAGACGCUCUUGUUGAAAGUCGCGGGUCCAGCUCGACUGGCCCUUCCUGCGGGCCCUGUGGGCAUCUUCAGGAGAGGUCUGCCCCUACUGACCAGAGCCGGGGAGCUGCAGCUUCCACGGAUGGGGAGGUGGGCCCUCGACGUGGCCUUUGUGUGGAGGGCAGUGUUGACUCUGGGGCUGGUCCUUCUCUACUACUGCUUCUCCAUCGGCAUCACCUUCUACAACAAGUGGCUGACCAAGAGCUUCCACUUCCCCCUCUUCAUGACCAUGCUGCACCUGGCCGUGAUCUUCCUGUUCUCUGCCCUGUCCAGGGCCCUGGUUCAGUGCUCCAGCCACAGGGCCCGCGUGGUGCUGAGCUGGACCGACUACCUCAGAAGAGUGGCUCCCACAGCACUGGCAACGGCGCUUGACGUGGGCUUGUCCAACUGGAGCUUCCUCUACAUCACCGUCUCACUGUACACAAUGACCAAAUCCUCAGCUGUCCUCUUCAUCCUGAUCUUCUCUCUGAUCUUCAAGCUGGAGGAGCUGCGUGCGGCGCUGGUCUUGGUGGUGGUUCUCAUCGCCGGGGGCCUCUUCAUGUUCACCUACAAGUCCACACAGUUCAACGCUGAGGGCUUUGCCUUGGUGCUGGGUGCCUCGUUCAUCGGGGGUAUUCGCUGGACACUCACCCAGAUGCUCCUGCAGAAGGCGGAACUUGGGCUUCAGAACCCCAUCGACACCAUGUUCCACCUGCAGCCGCUCAUGUUUCUGGGGCUCUUCCCUCUCUUUGCUGUAUUUGAAGGUCUCCAUUUGUCCACAUCUGAGAAAAUCUUCCGUUUCCAGGACACAGGGCUGCUUCUGCGGGUACUUGGGAGCCUCUUCCUUGGCGGGAUUCUCGCCUUUGGUUUGGGCUUCUCUGAGUUCCUCCUGGUCUCCAGAACCUCCAGCCUCACUCUCUCCAUUGCUGGCAUUUUUAAGGAAGUCUGCACUUUGCUGUUGGCAGCUCAUCUGCUGGGCGAUCAGAUCAGUCUCUUGAACUGGCUGGGCUUCGCCCUCUGCCUCUCGGGAAUAUCCCUGCACAUCGCCCUCAAAGCCCUGCAUUCCAGAGGUGACAGCGGCCCUAAGCCCCUGAAGGGGCUGGGCUCCAGCCCCGACCUGGAGCUACUGCUCCGGACCAGCCAGCCGGAGGAAGAGGACAACGAGGAGGAGGAGGGGUACUUUGUGGCCCAGGGACAGCAGUGACCAGCCAGGGCACCAGCUUGGAAGCAGGCUGCUCCCCAACCUUCACACCUGUCAGCAGCGCGGGGACCUGGGCGGCUCC